AUGGGACUCCAAGUCAAAGAACUACCAAAGCAAACCCCCCUCGAAAGUCGUAAACCAAGAAGCGACUACUACUACAUUUCAGAGGAAAGUUCGAAGCUUGCAAAGCAUCCAGAAUGGAUUCCUACUUGGGACUUAAAUCAGGAGAAGCGUUUUGAAAACUGGGAACCAUUCCGUCACACCGACAGAGGCUAUUUUGGCGAUCCAACCUUUGACUCGCUGUUCGCUGAUGCUGAUGUCAAGACCAGAAAGCUCACACCAAGACUCGGAACUGAAAUUACCGGUGUCCAGUUGAGCUCCCUUACUCCUAGACAAAAAGAUGAUCUUGCCUUGCUCGUUGAGCAAAGAGGUGUUGUUGUUUUCCGGGAGCAGGACUUCAAAAACCAAUCUUUUGAGGAUAUCAAAAACUGGGGUAAAUACUUCGGGCCGCUACAUAUCCACCCAACUUCAGGAAUUCCUGCUGGACACCCUGAGCUCCACAUCAUUUUCAGAAGGGGAGGCAAGGAAAGCACAAAGCAGUUUUUCGCCAACAAGCUUAACUCUUCGACUUGGCACUCGGACAUUACCUACGAGACACAGACUCCGGGAGUCACCUUGUUUGGUAUGUUGCAAACCGAUGUUGGUGGAGAUACUCAAUUCCUGGACACUAUUGUGGCUUAUGAGAGACUUUCGCCAACCUUCCAAAAGCUGAUUGAUGGCUUAAAGGUUGUCCACAGUUCUAGAGAACAAGCCUUGCAUGCAAAGGAGAAUGGUGGAAUUGAAAGAAAGCCUGUCAUUGAUUCCAUCCAUCCUUUGGUCAGAUAUCACCCUGUUUUGAAGAAGAAGGCUUUAUUUGUGAACAGAGGCUUCAGUAGAAGAAUCUUGGGACUCAAAGAGGAAGAGAGUGAGGCUUUGUUGCAGUUUCUUUUCCACCACAUUGAAACGUGCUUGGAUGCUCACAUUCGUGCCCAGUGGGACGACAAGACGGUCACUGUUUGGGAUAACCGUCGUCUGUUGCAUACUGCUACAAUCGACUGGGAUGAUGAUACUCUGAGACACGCCUUCCGUUUGACCACUCUGGCAGAGAGACCAAUUGCUAGCGAGGAGGAGUUUAACGAAUGGACUCCAGAAGCCGAAAAAGAGGAGCUAGACAAAAAGGAGGAGACCUUAUCUCUGACUCCUGCCGAGUUCUACGAGAAGUACUACAAGAAGGACUAA